AAAUUCCCUCCUAUAAUUGCUCGAUUAGUACCAUUUAUUGCUGUCUCUGCAGCAAAUUGUAUUAAUAUACCAUAUGAAAAUGGUGAAAAAUUGGGUCAAUCAACUGUUGUUGGACGUAGAGCUAUUAGUCAAGUGGUUUUUUCACGAAUAUUAAUGGCAUCUCCAGGAAUGA